AGAAGUUGUUCAGAUGAAUGUUUCUGAGUUCGUGUGGUGGUCGCGUGUCCGCGCAGGUACAGUUUUUACAGUCGGAAAUGGGAGGCGGUUGGUGGGAAGGCCUACGGAAAAUGGAGACCAAACAACACGGAAGUAUUUUUGGCGUCACCUAAAAUCAUCGAUGAACCGGUUUACCAACUGAAGUUUUUACGAUAAACCGUUUCAUCUACGGCAGUUUGUGCUGUAGCCGCACACAACAAACGGUCAGCUGCUCUUCCAUGGAAGAAGCCGGAGUUAGUCCUGGAUGUUUGGAUUCUGCUGAGGUCUGUGAUUGUUAAUGGACUGAUGAGGAGCAGAGGAGCAGCUGUCAGAUGUUCUGAUGGAGUCAUCUCACCCACUCACUCACUCACUGACUCUCACUCCUCCCCAGGAUUAAUUGUCAGUCAGGCUACAAGUUGUAAAAACGCACCAUGGGUUGUGAAAGUUGAUGGAGGGUUUCUGAGAACACCUCUACUCAUCCCUCCCUCUGCCCCUCCUCCUCCCUCCCUCCACCCCUCCUCCUCCCUCCUGCUGCUGCUCUGGGAGUUAUUCUAAAAGAAUAUGACCUCAGAUAAGGGGUCGGUGUGUUUCCAACACACUGUUGAAAGCAGGAACAUUGUACGGCUGUUUGUGUGAGAUCUGAACACUGAUCCACUGGAUGGUCGUAAAUAUAAGGAGGAGCUCAUGUUUCAUCCAAACUCCUGUUAAGCUGUUAAAGUUAUAUAAAAUCCCACACUAUUACAAGGUGUGUAUUGGCAAGAAUCUGGUGAAACAAUUUGUAUCACGACACAGAGGCGAGGAUACGAUAUAUACGCUGACGUACAGCAGUAUUCUGAUGUACUAAGAUACCUCAGGCCUGAUGAAUAUCAGCGUUAACUGUAACUUCUGUAUCAGAUGCUCCGCGUUUGUCUGCAGCUCUAGUUUUUUUAUUUUAUUUUUUUAUCAGGCUGCUCAUCAUCUGCCGCCUUGAGCAGGAACAAAUGACCUGGAACCUACAAGAAAAAUCCCAUUUCAUUCAGAAGUGAAGAGUGUGACCCUGCGUCACCUCACAGCUAACAGUACAUCCCAGCGAACACGCCUGUUUCUAAUGGUCACAGCAGGACUGGUAAUCACACUCUGGUGUGUCAGCAAGGUCAGAGGUGAGAGGUCAGGUGGUUGAACUGGAGUGAAACAAUAUUUCUGUUCACUGCAGCAGCAGCAGCUCUGUUUUCUGUAGCAUCGCAGCUGUGGCUUAGAAAUGUUAGAAGUGGUUAGCUUUUUUGUCUUACAGCAGUAAGGUCAGUGGUUCGAACCCCGGCUCUAGCUUCUUUCUGUAUUUCUUUGUUUUUAGUCUUCUCCUGUUCCGCCAGUUUGUGUGUGUGUGUGUGCCCACAGUCCAAGCUCAGGCAGAUUAUUGAUUAGGUUUAUGUCCAUUCUAAAUUGACCGUAGGUGUGAAUGUUAGUGUGAAAGGUUGUCGGUGUAAAGGAAGAAGAGUGAAGGUGUUGGGUGAGACGGAGGCAGACCAUCUGCUCCACCGACCCCUGAAGGAACCACUUUAUACAAGAAGAAUUUGAAUGAUCAUAAAACCAGACUGUGAACGUGGUUUUGGUUCCAUGUGAUGUUUUUCACUGACCGGCCCAGGUGAUAAUAACCAGGCGUAAAUGUGUUUUCUUUUUGUUUUCUUAUGUUUACCACAAAAACACUCGGUCACAAAGAAGAGUCAACACAGCUCCAUCUGUAUUUAAUUAGAAAUAGGAGGAGAAGGAGAGAAGUGGCCACAGCUGUGAAAAGUCCCAUUGAUCCGAGUGCAGUUAAAUGUAUCUUCAGUCUCGGAGACGGAGUGUGUUUUCAUGUUGUGUUCCAUUAACUCCACACUUCUGUUUGCUUCUCUACUUUUUAAUGAGUCCAUCAUGUUUGACAUGAUGAAUAAGAAAGAUUUUUUUUUUUAGAAUGACCAAAAUGAUGGUGCAGUGAGAGCUUUUACCUGAUCUUUAAUGUUCUUUAAAGCCACUUCAGUGAGACGACAGAUUUAGAGAAAUGUGUUAUUUUAUUUCACGAGUGUUUACCAUGACGAUGAAAACGUUUGACAGAGAAGUUGGAUACAAAAUUAUUUUUAGUGUAUGUGUUAAAAGAACGUGUUCAGAAACUUAGAUUUUUUAAGCUUUGGUGGCUCUGUGGCGCUGUCCGUGGUGCUGACUGUGGCUCAGUUCCGUCUUUGACCGUUAGUGGUGCCGGCUUCAGAGCUGUCCUUGGUGCUGAACUGGAUUUCUUUCCAUUCCUUCAGUGUUAGUUGCUUAUUUGUUAGCCAUGCGAUAUUUAUUUUCAUGAUACAGUUUCUAUACUCCACAGCUCUGUGUUGAUUCUUUUAAUGAACAAUUGACAAUUGAUAUUCAUGCUUUUAGUUUAUUUUGCCUAUAGUAUUGCAGUGCAUCCUAAUAGUAAAUUUAUUCCUCUAUUUAAGGACGUCAUUCUAUUACCAACAGACUGUCUCAUUAGAAACAUCAGAAAAGUAGUAACAGAUUAAUGUGCCUCAUCUCAGAUUACCCCUUCUUUUUGUAUAGAAGUUAGUAUUAAUGUGAGUUUUUUUUUCUUUGUCCUUUCACUUUUCUUUGCUCUCUACCUUCAGGUUUACAAAGUCAGUCUUCACGGUCAGUCCUUUCUUCCUCACUGUAGUGUGUCUCUCUUCUCCUCCCUGCAGCGAGGCCAGGGUUAGGACUGUGUUGAGGGCACAACUCUCUAUUAAUAAGACAUACUGUCACAGAAUUUCUGUCUCGGUCAGAUCACAGAAAGGAAACUCUGCCUCGGGCUAAUGCACAGAUAAUACUGGCACAGGAGGCCGAGGACAGGCUGGAGCCGCAGACCUUUGCUGCUUUUACACAGACAGUUCACGGCCAGGAGUGUUGCCCUGCUGUUGGGGGGCGGGGAGGGAGGGUUGGCGACUCUGAUACGUGACUUAUCACUGCCUCACAGUCUUCACUCCCAGUAUGAUCACACAGAACAGCAGCAGCAGCACGGUGGCAUGUUUGAGAAGAGAGGACAUUACUGUGACUCUGAGACCCAGGCAGGAGAAGGUCUGCGUUGAUGAAAUCAGCAGGUUGUCUGAUGGUGCUGAGUUGCUGUACCGUGAUCGUGACGGAGACGUGGUGAAGUACAAUGUGGACACAGAGGAGAGGACCGUCCUGGUCACCAACAAAAAGUUUGAGAUGUACAAGGCCAGUAAAUACCAAGUGUCACCUGACAUGAAACAUGUGCUGUUGGCCUACAACGUCGCUCCGGUUUACCAGUUUUCAUACACAGCCUUUUACAUCAUCUGCAGCCUGGAGACACCGGAGACAUGGAACCUGAACCCCCCCGAGGUGAGAAACGCCCAGCUGCAGUACGCAGGCUGGGGCCCACGUGGACAGCAGCUGAUCUUCAUUUUUGAGAACAACAUCUACUAUCGCUCCACAGUGGAGAGUCGCUCCAUCAGACUGGUCUCCACCGGGAAGGAGGGCGUCAUCUUCAACGGGCUCAGUGAUUGGCUGUAUGAAGAGGAGAUCUUCCGCUCCCACGUGGCUCACUGGUGGUCCCCUGAUGGAGCCCGGCUGGCGUACGCCACCAUCAACGACAGCUUGGUUCCCAGGAUGGAGCUGCCCAUGUUCACAGGAACGCUCUACCCCAUGGGGAAGGAGUAUCACUACCCUAAGGCCGGUGAGGAGAACCCUGUCAUCACUCUGUACGUGGUGAACCUGAAUGGACCUCUCCACACCAUCCAGAUGAGGAAACCCGAGGACCCCCGGAUAAGUGAGUACUACGUGACCAUGGUGAAAUGGGCCACCAGCACCAAACUGGCCAUCAACUGGCUGAACCGAGCUCAGAACAUCUCCAUCCUCACGCUGUGUGAAGCAACAACCGGAGUCUGCACCAAGAAACAUGAGGAUGAAAGUGAAGGAUGGUUGCACAGACAGAAUGAAAAACCUCUUUUUUCCAAAGACGGUCUGAGGCUCUUCUUUACACGGGCCAUUCCUCAAGGAGGCAGAGGAAAGUUCUACCACAUCUCCAUGUCCGUCUCCCAGCCCAACACCAGCAGUGACACACUGCAGUCCAUCACUUCUGGAGACUGGGAUGUAACCCAGGUCCUGGCCUACAAUGAGGAGAGUCAGCUGAUAUAUUUCUUGAGCACCGAGGAUGGUCCCAAGCGAAGACACCUGUACAGCGCCGACACAUUUGGAUCUUUCAACCGUCGCUGCCUCUCUUGUGCCAUGUCCGACAGCUGCGGCUACAUCAGCGGCUCCUUCAGCCACAACAUGAGCUACUUCCUGCUCAGCUGCCAAGGUCCGGAUGUCCCGUUUGUAGCUGUCCAUAAGAUGCAGAGAGACACUGAGAGUGAGUCACAGGAGAGAGAGAGUAUGUCAGAGGUUUUCAAACUGGAAAACAAUGAGGUCCUGAGGGUCACCUUGGACUCCAUGCAGAUGCCCACAGUGGAGUACAAAGAGAUCAGCGUGGAUGAUUACACCUUGUCGCUGCAGAUCCUCAAACCCGCAACUUUCAUGGAAACUUCUCACUACCCUCUGCUGCUGCUAGUUGAUGGGACACCUGGUGGUCAGACGGUGUCAGAGCAGUUUCACAUGGACUGGUUCACAGUUCUGAUCAGCAGCUUCGAGGUCAUCGUGGUUCGCUGUGAUGGACGAGGAAGUGGAUUCCAGGGAACCAACCUGCUGCACCGGAUUCAGAAGAAAGUGGGAGUGUUUGAAGAACAGGACCAGAAGAGCGCCCUCAGUUUCCUUCUGAAGGAGUCGUACGUGGAUAAGAGUCGAGUCGGAGCUUUUGGAAAAGUGUAUGGAGGGUACGUGACCAGCCUGUUGCUCAGUGGUGAAGAGACUCCAGUCAAAUGUGGAGCCGUUCUCUCUCCAGUCACGGACUUUGAAUUAUACGCGUCUGCCUUUUCAGAAAGAUUCCUGGGUCUGCCGAAGCCGGACCCCCGAGCCUACGCUAUGGCCAAUUUAGCUCACAGAGCUUCUCAGUUUGUGGAGAAGAAGUUUUUGAUCAUUCAUCCGACCGCUGACGAGAAAGUGCAUUUCCAACAUUCAGCCAAAUUCAUCUCACAACUCAUCAACGAAAAGGCCAACUAUACCUUACAGAUCUACCCAGAUGAAGGCCACUUCAUCCAGAGUGAGGCCACCAGGCAGCACCUCACCCAGUCUCUGGUCAACUUCUUCGAGGAGUGCUUCAGGCUACCGGAGAGAGUGUUUGAGGAGGUUCUGGAGGAGGAGAGUGAAGAUGAGGGUUAGCUCCACCCACCCGCCGCGUCCUGAUGCUCCUCCAUCCGUGCAGUCAUCCACCACGACACCUGGACCCACCCGAUCUUGUCAAUAUGCAACUGAUACAUGAACCCAUCUGACCAACCUUCUCCAGGGCGUCUUCACAGUCCGGACAUGAUGUUUUGGAACUUCUCCACAGCAGCUCCUCAGAAAGAUGUGCAGAGAAAGGAACUUCAGGAUCUCUCACAGACAAUGAAGCCGUGAGCAGGAGGAGGAGGAGAAACUCUGGAGAUCAGACCUCCACAAAUCAGGUGCUUGCUGAAGAAAAUUGAAGAAUCGCGUGAAUACUGUGAGGAUUUUGGAACGUUGAAGAACUCUUUUUGUGUAAAAUAGCAAACACUGUACCUUGGUUGGACUCAGAUCGUCUGCUUCUCUUUUCAUCUCCGUUUCUUCAUCUUCAUUAAAGAGACGAGCAGACAGACACUCUGUUACCGUUUGUUUGUGCCUGUGCCUUAUGUUGUCAGACAAACCCAACAUCCGUGGAGCAGCAGACUCUUGUUUGGAGAAACUCUGAAGAAUGUCACCGUCAUCGCUGUUGGAAAAACAAAGGUUCAGUUUAAGUUCAGUUGUAUUUAUUACAGGUUUGUUUUUUUUUGUCUUCAACAGGACUGGGCUUUUCUCUAUGAAGUUGGAUAAGCAUGUUUUUAAAGUAACCCACACUAACCACUAAAGGUCAGUACGUCAUACACAGUGUAUAAAGACUGAGGCAGAGCCUGUUCAGCUUUGCAUGAACACAGAAACAGUCGCAGGUCGUAUGGACUGACCGGUGACUCUGAGGUAACUGUUGCUGUUCAUCGACGCUCUGACGUCAAACGUCUGUGACGUCAG